AGUUAUGAAAAUGUUAUUUCUGAAUGUUCUGAAGGGGCAUUCAAAACGUCAGUUUUUUAAAUGUUAUUUUAAAUUUGGUUAUUCAAGAAUUUAUGGGAUGUACUAUGUUAUCAUUUUGCAAACAUUAUGGUAACAUUACUUUUGAAUGUUCACUAAACAUUCUGAAACAAGUAGGCUAACAUUAAAAAACGUUCCAUGAAUGAUGUAUUUUGUGGGCUGGAUUUUCUUUAGGGCGAGGCAACCUUUAUUAGAAUGGCACUCUGCAGAUCAUUCAUUCAACUCCGACACACGAGGAAACAUCAUCGUUCCUGCUGAAUACUCGAGAUACUUUUUUUUUGUGCUUUUUUUUUAGAAGUAAUACAAGUUAUUGAGUAAAAACUGGUCGAAUAGAACAUAUUUUCAGUUCUCUUGUGAAAAUGGAGGCUUUGUCUGCAGCAAACACUCAGUUCUCCCUCAACCUGUUCAAGAAGAUCAGCGGAGGAAACACAUCAGGAAAUGUGUUCUACUCUCCUGUCAGCAUCUCCUCGGCUCUGGCCAUGGUGUCGCUCGGUGCAAGAGGAAACACAGCAGCUCAGAUGUUUCAGGUCUUGGGCUUUAACAAUCCUCCCAAACCCGAUGCUGCAACUCCAGGACCUCCUCAUUCAGAGGACCAAAUUCAUUCCAGCUUCAACAAGUUUAUGAGUGAGCUGAACAAACCAGGAGUCCCGUAUGUGUUGAGUGUUGCCAACCGCCUCUAUGGAGAGCAAUCCUACCAGUUUGUUGAGAAAUUCCUCAAUGACGCAAAAAGAUACUAUGAAGCCGGACUGGAGAAGGUGGACUUCAUAAACAAAUCAGAGGCUGCUCGUGUCACCAUCAACAAAUGGGUGGAGAAAAAAACACAAGAGAAGAUCAAGGACCUGCUGCCACAGGGAGCUGUCGAUGAGAUGACGAGACUGGUCUUGGUGAACGCCAUCUACUUCAUAGGAAACUGGGAGAAGAAAUUCCUAAAGGAACUCACCAGCGAUGGGCAGUUUAAACUGAACAAGAAUCAAACUAAACCAGUGAAGAUGAUGUAUCAAAAGGAUCAGUUUCCUCUGGCCUUCAUCCCAGAGAUGAACAGUCAGGUUCUGGAGCUGCCGUAUGUUGGGACUAAUCUCAGUAUGUUGAUCAUCCUUCCUAACGAGAUGGAAGACGACACCACUGGCCUUCAGAAGCUUGAAAAGGCACUGACCUACGAGAAGCUCAUGGAGUGGACCAAACCAGAAGUCAUGCGUAAACAAGAAGUUCAAGUAUCUCUACCCAGAUUCAAGAUGGAGGAAAAAUACGACAUGAAGAGUCUUCUGAUCAGCAUGGGAAUGGAGGAUGUUUUUGACACGCAGAAGGUGAAUCUUUCAGGCAUGUCCUCCAACAAUGACCUGGUCCUGUCGAAGGUGGUUCAUAAAGCCUUUGUUGAAGUCAAUGAGGAAGGAACCGAAGCGGCUGCAGCCACUGGUGAUAUCCUAUUUGCAGAUUCAGGUUGUCAGGUCUUCAAUGCAGACCAUCCAUUCCUUUUCUUCAUCCGACACAAUCCAACCAAGAGCAUUUUGUUUUACGGACGCUUCUGCUCUCCAUGAGCGAGUCCUGCUGCAUGAGACUCUUCCUGCUAG